AUGCCUUCGCACGCCCUUACCAACAAGGAGGUCAUUCACCUGGAGCACCAGUAUGGCGCCCACAACUAUCAUCCUCUUCCCGUUGUCUUCUCGAAGGCUCAAGGCAUCUGGGUCUGGGAUUGCGAGGGCAACAAAUACAUGGACUUCCUGAGUGCCUAUUCGGCCACCAACCAAGGUCACUCGCACCCCAAGAUUGUCAAGGCCCUUUGUGAUCAGGCCCAGACCUUGUGCCUGAGCUCUCGUGCUUUCUACAAUGACGUUUUUGGUCAGUAUGCCAAGUACAUCACCGAGUAUUUUGGCUAUGAUAAGGUUCUCCCUAUGAACACUGGUGCUGAGGCUGUUGAAACUGCAAUCAAACUCGCUCGCAAGUGGGGUUACAUGAAGAAGAAAAUUCCUGAUGGUGAGGCCGUUGUCUUGUCUUGCACUGAGAACUUCCAUGGACGCACUGUCGGUGUCAUCUCCAUGUCAACUGAUCCCGAUGCUCGUCUUGGAUUCGGCCCUUACCUGCCCAAUGUCGGUCCUGUAUGCCCCAAAACUGGUCGUACCAUUCGCUACAACAACAUUGAGGAUUUAGAAUACAUCUUGGAACACAAUGGCAAGAAUGUUGCUGCUUUUUUGGUUGAGCCCAUUCAAGGAGAGGCUGGAAUCGUGGUUCCUGAUGAUGGAUAUCUCAAGAAGGUAGAGCAGCUCUGCAAGAAGCACAAUGUCCUCUUCAUUGCUGAUGAGAUCCAGACCGGUCUUGCCCGUACUGGCAAGCUUCUUUGCAUCGAUCAUGAUGGCGUCAAGCCUGACAUUGUUUUGCUCGGCAAGGCUUUGUCUGGAGGAGUUUACCCCGUCAGCGCUGUCCUCGCUAACGAUGAGGUCAUGCUCUGCAUUAAGCCUGGUGAACACGGCUCUACCUAUGGUGGAAAUCCUCUUGGAUGCGCUGUCGCCAUGGCUGCUCUUGAGGUUAUAAAGGAAGAGAAUUUGGUCGAGAAGGCCGCUGACUUUGGCGAGAAGUUCCGUGCUGCCAUCUCCAAGAUCCAAUCACCCGCCUUGGCGCUUUGCCGUGGCCGUGGUCUCUUGAACGCUAUUGUUAUCGAUGAGAGCAAGUCCAAUGGCCGCACUGCCUGGCAGUUGUGCCUCUUGCUCAAGAGCAAGGGACUUCUCGCCAAACCCACCCACCGAAACAUCAUCCGCCUUGCGCCUCCUCUCUGCAUCACUGAAGAGGAGCUUAUGGAUGGCGUUCGUAUCAUCGAGGAAUCGCUUAAGGAGCUUAUGACUAUGACUGAUGGGGAGGCCAAGGCACUCGAGGCCGAGGACUCGCACUAA